AUGAGUGAUGCGGACGGCGCCGAGCGAGGGUAUCGCGACUACGCUGGAGAGGAAGAUGAUGCGACCGAGCUCGGCGUCAAGCAAACGCAAACCCACGCUCCAAAGAUGCUUCGUAGCGAACAUCAUUUUCCAGUACGUCUACAUGCUCUUUUGAAUGAGCUAGAAAACGACAACUUGGAUCGAAUCUUGCGUUGGCAGCCCCAUGGACGAUGCUUUGUUGUAUGCGAUCAACGGCUUUUCGCGACUCAUGUGCUCCCCUAUUGGUUUCGCCAGACCAAAUUUUCAUCGUUUCAGAGGCAGCUCAACCUAUACGGCUUCAAAAGAAUAACGGCGGGUCGUGACAAAGGCGGCUACUACCAUGAGCUCUUCCUUCGAACAAAGCCUUUCUUAGCGCACCAUAUCCUCCGCACGGAGAAAAAGGGACAAGGGUACCGCAAGCCAAGUUCACCCAACACGGAACCCAACCUUUACCUACAGACUUUUUUGCCCACUACAAAAGGGAGUAACGUUGCCGAGAGAAAAAAUGCAUCUCCCCUCCGGGAAAGCAAUCCAGCACUAGGCAAUAGAGAGAACCGUACCCAAGCUUUGUCCAGUCAGUCAAGAAUCCAUCCUAGUGGAUUGCUGAGGCCAGCUUUCCCAAACACAACUUGGCGUCAAAACCCUAGAUUCUUUCAAAAUUACGAAUCAUUCGAAGUUGUUGAAAAUACGCACCUUCUUGCGCCUCCUUCCGUUAGGAGUUUGUUGACGAAUACGAUGAGGUGUCCUGAAAUCUCGAUGGCGCGAGUGCUUCCCAAUACAACUAUCGAAGCGCUGGUGUUGCAGCAGCAGCAACGACAGGCGGACCAAAUUACACAGACCCGGCUCCUGAUGCGAGAGCAGCAACUUGCUGUAACCCUUAUUUUAGCUCACCAGCAAGAUGUAGAACGAGACACCUUGUUUGAAGGUGCUUAUGCUCGAGGAGAUCAUAACUUGCCACAUGUCUCCGAAAUCGAUUCUCUUCGACUGGCUUUACACCUGCCCUUUCCAAGCUUAUCACUCCAGGGACCAUUUGGUCACUGA